CCCGCGCAUGCGUCAAUUUGGUUCCCGGCUGCCAAUGAGCGAUCUGACUGGUACUGUACUGGUUGGGUCAAUUUCUUCAUGUACCCCUUCAAGAUUGGUAUGAAAUUUCCUUUCUCUCCACUAGCUAGAGACUUCUUGGCCUUCGUCAAAGUUUUCCCCUCUCAAAUAAUGCCACAAGUAUGGAGGGUUCUUCGUGGACUGGAAGUACUAAGUGAAAAACACAGUAUUCCCUUCACCUUUGAAGAUCUGGGUUUUACUUAUGAUCUUCACUCUUCUGGAGCUGGACGGUUCACAUUGGCUAUUAAAGAUGCUCGUGAAGCGCUUAUCUUGAUGGCGGACAAGGCCAAUGAUCGCGGUUGGAUGAGUCUUUUCUUCUUUGUACGGAAAGAUUCCCUAGGUUCUGAUGGGGCGUUUCUUGAAGAGAGUCUGCACAAAGAUAGGAAGACAAUCCCAUUGAAUUAUGGUUCGAAUUCUGAAGAAAGAACUGCUAAAAUUUUAUCCAUAACCACCGUUGAGCGGACCUUUGGGAGUCUGAUGGCUGAUAACGAAGGUACACCCCCCAUUCCUGACCCUUCUGGGUCCAUUGGAUUAAGGCAUUCUCGCCGUAAUAUUCAGAAUGUCCCUAACAAUGCCCAAGGCUCGCGUGUGGUCUCCAUAGACGAUUCAGAUCAUGAAUCAGAAGAUUCAAGAGGUGGCGGUGAAGGUGCAAGUGCUUUCGUUCCUCUCCAGAUGAUGUUCCCCGUUGUUCAGGACUCUUGCUCUCUCCCAACGAAACGUUCUGCCCAACAUGCUGCUGCUUCUUCAUCUAGCACGCGGCUGAUGCCUUCUGAUUAUGAACUCCUUAACAUGGUUUCGAGAAAGAAAAAAGUUCCUUCCAAGCUGGCCUCUGGUUCUCCCAAAACUCCGCAUUGCCCGACUGUUGAAAUGAAAGUUGUUCCUUCCCUUCCGGUGAAUGUUGCUGCUAAUUCUGACUCUGGUGUGAAGAUGAAUGCCUCCUUUUCUCGUGACUUUUGCUGUUUGAAGGACGCUUUUAUGAUGAAAAGUGAAAUGCCUCAGAUUCUGCUUCCCUCCUUGUCUGCCGCGUUUGCUGAUAUCUCUUCAGCUGGCCUAGCGUUGGCUUCGUCGACCUAUGCUUUCCUGAGUGUUCAAGCCAACCUUGUUGCUGCAGGAAGGUUGGUUUUACUGGAAAAAACUGUGGACGAAUUAAAAGGGAAGGAGAAAAGUUCUCAAGUUCGUGCUGAUGUUGAUGCUCGAACGAUUCAAAAUCUUCGCGGGGACAACUCGACCUUGGUGAAUCAAAUUUCGACCCUGAAAACCCGCAUCAAGCUAUUGGAGGCAUAUGGGAGGAAAAAGAAACAAGAAGUUACUGACGCAACUUGUUUUUACGCUCGGAAGACUAGGGGCGAACUGAUGGCUUCAUUCAUCGCAGGUGAGAUGUCAAACUAGACAGCGAAACAAGAUGUUGCUACCUGGCUGAAGCUCCAGGAAGAAAUGGAUCCCCCGAUUGGAGAUGAUGGUUUUGACGUGGGCCAAUCUGACGAUGAAGCUGAAUCCAAGCGUUCCCGUGACAAUUAAACAUGUUUUUCCUUCUUUAUUUGCUUGGCUCCAAACACUUUCUGCUUUUUGAAACUUACUCUAACAUUACUCUU